AUGGCCGCCCCGCCACCCUGGGACAUCUACAAGCAAGAACUGGGCACCAGGGGAUACGGCCAUCCCUUGUGGCAUCCCGACUCCAGCAGCGGCGACAUCAACAUCGGCACCGUUGGCUGGAUACGAGACGGCCAAUUCCACACCCUUCUCGACACCACUAAAAACGAUGGUGGCACCACCGCGAUUCCCGAGGGUUUCGUUCAGCUCGAGAUCAGCAAAAUCCGGAUCGUGCCCUCGAACGAAAUCAUGCAAGACGUGGUCUCUAGCCAGAGCAUUCGUACGAUCGAUGCAGGCAUGGGGGGCACUGUGCCAACAACCGUGGCGCCUGGAGCCCCAGGCGCUAACUUCAGAUACCAGACGACACGGGACACGGGCGCGUUCGUCAAACUGAAGCCGCCCGGGGUACAGAGGCUCGCCCACUCCACGAAGAUAUUCAAGAACUACAUGAAUAAGCACUUCGAAAGCUGGCUGACGCUCGCCAACUCCGACGAGCCUCAGUUCGGUCUCGAACUCUCCGCCGACGAUCUCCUCUUUGUCUGUGGGACGAUAAAGACCGAGCAGUGGACCGUAGUCUCCUUCCACGGAAGGGCGUACAGCGGGAAGGAGUUCACGCUGAGCGCAGACGGAGGCCCCGUAGGAGCCGUCAACGUCACGGUACGGAUCGAGAACGAAGUGCUUCCUGCGUCCCACGUUCGCAACGGUCCAUAUCCCCCGAUAGAGCAGUUGGAACCCACGCAGUGCAUCUUCUUGCAUUACUACAAGAUGAGGCGCAGGUGGAGUUGGCCCUUCGGGAAGGAACCAAUGAAGGCCGCAGCGGGGCCUCAUCAUUUGCCGAGGAACCCUGGCGAUCCCAGCGCCUGUGCGGGUCCAGUAGCUGCGCAGGAGGAUCUGACAUACGAGAUCGAGGGCACCCAGGUCCCAUCCGGAUUCCGCGAUCCCGUCGACGUUCUUCUUGACUACAUCCUCGAGAACGCGCCGGAAGCGGAGUGUGCGAUUGCAUCGGACUUGGAUCUCUACGCCUGCUUUCCAGUGAUGUUCCUGCAGACAUACGCCAAGGAUUUGGGCGUCGUGGAAGGAUUCUAUGGAGCGCCCGACAAGCGUAAAGCAGAUGAGGAAGAGAAAGCAGAAAGCCUAUCCGAACCUGAUCCGAAACGUUUCCGCCCUGAACACUCCGUUGAACCUGAGGACGACAGUCCUUAUCUAUCAAAAGGAUCUCGUCCUGACGUCGACCCAACCACCAAAGACGACGACGGCGAUACUGGAGGGAGCAAAAUGAAGAGAAGAGACACCACUACUACUCACGAGGGGUCGGUCACCACACUUACCUACUCUCCUGAUUCGACCAUGGUUGCUACUGGGUCCGAUGAUUUCAAGAUCAUCAUUUGGAGUGUCAGCGAGGGCAGAUCCUUCCGUGUCCUCGAGCAGCACGAGGAGCCGAUCUCCGCGCUCGCGUUCUCGAGUGACAAUGGGAUUUUGGCUUCUGCGUCUCUGGCCGGAGACCUUCUUUUGACGAACAUCAAGAACCCCACAGACUCCCAGUCUCUCGAGAUCUCGUCACCUGUACAGUCCCUCGCCUUUACGCCCAACGCAAACCUCCUCCUCGCGGGCACCUCCAACCGCGAGAUCCAAGUCUGGGACCUCUCCGAAAACCCCCCGACCUCGCUCCCUCCACUGAAGCAGGACACCCACGCCGUCACCUUCAUCAUCUUCUCUCCUGACGGUACCAAGAUGGUCACGGGCGGGAUCGAGCGUGACGUCGUCCUCUGGGAGACGAGCGCCCUCCGGAACGGCGGCACGGGCAAAAUUGUCAGCGAUCGCCGUGUCGUCUACUCUGCCGCGUUCGCGCACGACGGCGCGCGCCUCGUCACCUCCUACGACGACGGCUCGCUCACGAUCUGGAACGCGGUCACGGCCGAGGCGCUCGUGCGCGUGAAGGUGCACACGAGCCCGGUCUGGGCCGUCGCGUUCUCCCCCGACGGGCGGCUCGUCGCGACGGGCGGGGACGAUGGCGCGGUUAAGCUCUUCAACAGCCUCACGGGCCAGCCCGUGCGCGAGAUGCGCGAGCAUGGCGGGCCGGUGAACAACGUCGCGUUCGCGCCGCCCGAUGGGCGGUACGUCGCGUCGGCGGCGUCGGACAAGAUCGUGCGGCUGUGGAACACGGAGACGGGGGCGUUGGAGCGGAAUUUCAACGAGCACAAUGACGACGUGACGCAGAUGAAGUUCUCGCCGGAUGGAUCGACGCUGGCGUCUGGGUCGCUCGAUGGAGAGGUGUACAUCCGAAGAGUGCUGAACGCGUAG